GUUGUUCUUUCUCUUCCAUGAAAAAGAGGCGGGGUUUGAGUUUGGGAAAAUUCAAGAGAAUAGCGAAACAGCAAGUCUUGAGGGAGAAAUCUGCUACAUGAAACUCGAUUUUAGACAUGGAAAUCGCCUUUUAAGUGUGAUGUUGGGAAGUCUAAUCCAUGCCUUCAUCCAGCACUGAGAAGCGUCUGUAGCCUCACUCACACGUCUGCCCGCCGGAGGGAGGCUGAAACUUUUGAAGGCGCUGCGUCUGGUCGCGCGGAUCCAGUGUGAGUGAACGGUGGGAUAAAACUCUUCUUUUUGGCUUCAUUUCCUCGCGUGUUGUCACGGACAUAUUCAACAUAGGAGCCAACAGCAGCUUCAACUAAUAAUGCGGCGUGAUUGAUCAUCGGUAGGAGACAAUACCCAUACACUGCUUUCCAUUCCUACAUAUUCACUGGAUAUCUGUAGACGAAGUGCGGGCGAAGAGGCUUUUGUUCUGCGGCGUUUCUCGCUGUGACAGGACUUGUUUCGUUUAGAGCAAUAUGACGUCUCCGGCUAAAUUCCGAAAGGACAAGGAGAUUAUUUCCGAAUAUGAAACGCAAGUUAAAGAGAUCCGAGCUCAGUUGGUGGAGCAGCUUAAGUGUUUGGACCAGCAAUGCGAGCUCCGCGUGCAGCUCCUGCAAGACCUGCAGGACUUCUUCCGCAAGAAGGCAGAGAUCGAGAUGGACUACUCCCGCAACCUAGAGAAACUUGCAGAGAGGUUCCUGGCCAAGACACGCUACACAAAGGACCCUCAAUUCAAGAAAGAGCAAAAUGUUCUGUCUCCAGUCAACUGCUGGAACCUUCUCUUGGCUCAGGUGAAGAGAGAGAGUCGAGACCACGCCACUCUCAGCGAUCUCUACCUCAACAACAUCAUCCCACGCUUCGCCCAGGUCAGCGAGGACUCAGGACGCCUCUUCAAAAAGAGUAAAGAAGUGGGCCUCCAGCUGCACGAGGAUUUGAUGAAGGUCCUCAAUGAGUUGUACACGGUGAUGAAGACCUAUCACAUGUACAACAUGGACAGCAUCAAUGCUGAAAGCAAGCUGAAGGAGGCAGAGAAGCAGGAGGAGAAACAGAUGAGCCGCAGCGUCCGACAUGAGGACAGGCAGACCCCGCGCUCGCCCGACUCGCUCACAAACAUCAAGAUCGAGGAGAAACAUGUGCGCCGCAGUUCCGUCAAGAAAAUCGAGAAGAUGAAGGAGAAGCGGCAAGCAAAAUACACUGAGAACAAGCUGAAAGCCAACAAGGCCAGGAAUGAGUACCUUCUGGCUCUGGAGGCCACCAACAACUGUGUCUUCAAAUACUACAUCCAUGAUCUGUCUGACCUCAUAGAUUGCUGUGACCUGGGCUACCAUGCCAGCCUGAACCGUGCACUGCGUACCUACCUCUCGGCCGAGUUUAACGUGGAGACUUCCAAGCACGGUGGUUUAGAGACCAUUGAGAACGCUGCGGAGAACUUGGAGGCCAACGCAGACAAGCAAAGGCUCAUGGAGACCUACAACAACGUCUUCUGCCCUCCUAUGCGCUUCGACUUCCAGUCUCACAUGGGUGAUAUGGUGGGACAUUUGUGUGCCCAGCAGCCCGUGCAAGGAGAGCUGAUCCAGAGAUGCCAGCAGCUACAGUCCCGCCUGUCCACACUGACAAUAGAGAAUGAAGAGGUAAAGAAGACGAUGGAGGCCACUCUACAAACCAUCCAGGACAUGGUGACCAUUGAGGACUUUGAUGUGACUGACUGCUUCCACCACAGUAACUCGAUGGAGUCGGUCAAGUCCACUGUGUCUGAAUCUUUCAUGAGCAAACCCAGCCUGGCCAAGAGACGAGCCAACCAGCAGGAGACAGAACAGUUCUACUUCACGAAACUGAAGGAGUUUCUGGAGGGCAGGAACCUCAUCACCAAAUUACAGGCUAAACAUGACCUGAUCCAAAAGACUCUGGGAGAAAGUCAGAAGACCGACUACUGCCUUGCCAGCGGACGGAGGAACUCCACUGUUUGGAAACAGGAGUCCAGCCAAAUCAUUCCCCUGAUGGUGGAGAGUUGUAUUCGCUUCAUCAGUCGACACGGUCUCCAUCAUGAGGGCAUUUUCAGGGUGUCCGGCUCUCAAGUGGAAGUCAAUGAUAUUAAGAACGCCUUUGAAAGAGGUGAGGACCCGCUGGCUGGGGACCAAAACGAUCAUGAUAUGGACUCCAUUGCUGGAGUGUUAAAGCUCUACUUCAGAGGCCUGGAGAACGCCCUCUUUCCUAAGGAAGUCUUCCAUGACCUAAUGUCCUGUGUCUCCAUGGAGAACCUCCAGGACAGAGCUGUCCACAUCUGCAAAGUCCUGCUGUCUCUACCCAGCAACAUCCUGGUUAUCAUGCGAUACCUGUUCGCUUUCCUCAACCAUCUGUCCCAGUACAGUGAUGAUAACAUGAUGGACCCCUACAACCUGGCUAUCUGCUUCGGCCCCACACUCAUGUCUGUGCCUGAGGGCCACGACCAAGUCUCCUGCCAGGCACAUGUGAACGAGCUCAUCAAAACCAUUAUUAUACAUCACGAGACCAUCUUUCCAGGGCCCCGUGAGCUGGAGGGGCCCAUCUAUGACCGUGGAGGAGCCGCUGAGGAAUACUGGCUACACUUUAUCCAUCUUAGGAUGAGGAAACGGCCAGAAGCGCCCAGCAUCCGAAGAACAAUCCGGCCAGUGGAGGGUCUAGGCGAGGGCUCAUCCGGAGCAACAGGGGGUUUAAAGAACUCGUCCAUGCCGGCAAGUGGACUGGCCAAGGAAGGGACAGACAAGCGACCGGUCAGUGCUCACAGCGUCCUAAACUCCAUCACCCGACACUCCUCUCUGAAAACUAAGGUAGAAGGUCCUCAGCUCCGCAAGUCCACGCCUGCAGGGCGAUCCAAGAGUUUCAGCAAUCACAGACCACUGGACCCAGAGGUCAUCACUCAGGUGGAGCACAGCUCACAGGACAUUGAGGUGACUAUGAACACGGCUCUGAGUGAGCUGCGAGAGCUGGAGAGGCAGAGCAACGUCAAACACGCUCCUGACGUUGUGCUUGACACUCUAGAGCAGCUGAAGAGCGGAGGGGCAUCUGACCCCUCCAGCCCGCUUCAUUCCCGCCUGCUCCGUGAGGCCGACUCCUCCCAGCAUCCUCUGCAGCGCAGCGCCAGUUCGGCCAGCGACAUGCCCUCCACCUUCCGGCCCGGCAAAACCUCGGGUCCCAAAAGCCCUCUGUCGUCAAUGUCUACAACAGGUCUGUCCGCUUCCGGCUCCAGCUUUAGAGAUAACAAACCCCCAGCCACCAAACCCAAGCCUGUGGUGUUCCCAAAAAGCAGUUCGGCAGGGGGCAGUCCGGCGAUGGGAUCCCCAACCACCACCAUACUGCCAACACCACCGCCCCCUCCACCAUCCACCGACAAGUCCUGCCCCGUCUGAGGGUUUACAGCCUCGAUCUGUGAUCAAUUUCUUAGUAAUUCCAAGAGCACCCUCUAAUACUGACUCUUUGGAUCUUCAUGAAAAACUGUGGACAACUUAACAGACUCCAACUGAUAUUGGAUGCUUGCGUGAUUGAGCAUGAGUGUGUGUGUAUGGAAUUAAUAUACACAUGUGGAAUAUUAGAGUGAUUUUACAACACUGUUUUAGUUUAGAUUGAGACAUGGACAUCAGCAAUCCCUCUUUUCUAAUCCCAAAUUAGUGGUUUGGAGUUUUUUCGACUGAUUUUAUAAGGGGUCAGACUUUGAGGACAAACGAGCAGUUGGAAGUGCUUUCUGAGGACACAUUCUUCCCCUCGGACUUUGGUGCAUCUUGAAUCAGGUUACAGACGGCGCAGAAUCUCAGUAAAUAGAAACAAAAUUUCCUGAUAUGAAUUUGCCGCUCCUUGUCACAUAACAGCAUUACAUCUUGAUCCAAAUCUGUCUUUUACUUCAGAUUCUACAAAUCUGUUAUACAAUAAUCAGUAGUUACAGUUCAUAUAAUCCACAGUUUCUGCUUAAACACACCAAUCCUAAACACACCAAUUAAAGGAAUAGGAUCAUCUUUGCAUGAGGAUUCACAAGAUAUUUGCAUGGCAAACGUGGAUUCCCUAACAAACAGAUUCAAAAGCACUUCUGACAUUAUUAACAGUCUUAAUAUGUGGUUUUAUUGUACUAUUAUAUCAGAGGGCACAUAAAAAAGAGAUUGAUGUUUUGUAUAAGUUUAAUUAUCAUGAUUAUAACUGGAAAAAGUGAUCUAAAAAUGAGGAAUGUCAUGCAAGCACAUUAUUUCUUCGUCGCCCAUGUAUAAAAAAACAAAACAGAUAAAAGAAACAUGAUUUUAUUUCAUUUUCCCUAGGUCAUUACUCACCUUUGGGUCUGUAUCAUGGUAUCUAUGUAUUAGUAUGUGUGUUUACGUACAGUAUGUAUAUUCUGAAUCUUAGCAGCCUAACAGCAGCUUUUAGAAACUGACGAUGCAAAAAAGGGAAAGACUUAAAACAGACCAAUGGCGGAUACAUGCAAAAACGUAGCUUGCUUUCCUCCGUUUUUCCAACUCUGAAAGGAUAAGCGUGCAAAAAGCCUCUUUAAAAGUCUGACAAUCUUCAUCACACGGUCUGCCUGAUUAUGCCUUCGGACAAGUCUGUAUUUUCCUAAGCGAGGCCUUAAUGUCCUAGAAAAUGAGUUGUGGUGAUAUGCAAAAGUAGCCUACUCCACUUUGAAUUGUAUUGCCUUACAAGCAAUGACUGUGACUCCUGGAAAAUAUCUACAGGCAGACUGAGAUGUUUUUGACUGAGGCACCCCCCCCC